GUGCAUGGUUUAGUAAAAACUAUUUGGAAACUACUGCAAAUUCAAGCUACACAACUGGGAAGAGAUGGAGAUGAGGCUGUUCAGAAUUUGUAUGGAAUCAGGAACAAUCCUCAUCCAUUAAUCACUGCCCUUGAAAAUAGACCUGAUUGCUGGCCUGUUCUACUGCAGCAGAUAACAGUAUUUUUCCAUCAGUGUUCAGAGAGGGCACAGAGUUCAUGUGUUGCUAUAAUGGCUCCAUUUCUGAGAUACCUGUACUGCGAACCAUCUCAGUUACGGGAAUAUGCUGAACUGCGUAUGGGCUUACUUAGGAUUUUACUUCAGCCACGUGGUCCAAAGCAUAAAGAAGGACCCUGUGUUCUGGAGCAUCAUAUUCUUCAGCUCCUGUAUGAUUUGAUUCCACACCUUCAGGUUAAAGACUUGCCACAAGUUACAGAAGCCUUGUUUUUUCUUCAAGAGCUAUUCCUGAGCUUGUUGCGCUUUCCUGUGUUUUGGAAAGUUCAAUUAUCCCAAUUUUGUCUGCAACUGAUAUGCUUCUGUGAAGUGUGUUUAAAUGUAACAGGAGAAUGUUCAUCUCUGAUCUCCAUAAUAGAGGACAACUUUGAGCUCUUACAAGAGGUGUUUCCAGUGGAACAGUGUGUAAUUGGACUAGCACUUCUGCUGCUGCAAACACCAGAAAGUCAACAGAAGUCUAUCUUGAGUCUAGUCUACAAGCUCCUUUCCUCUUCAGAAAACAUUUCAGCCACAGCCCUUGUUUUGGUGAUGCCUCUGCUACAAAUCUUAUCUUCUUCAUCAGUCGGAGACUGCUUACAGGAGGGUGAUUCUGGAACUACUAGGCAGCAACUUGCGACAGAUAUUUUGGAAAUAUUAAAGAAGGAAGAUGUGAAGAAUAAAAAGGAAUUGAUGUCCUGUAAACUCCUGUUCCCCAUAACCAGCUCUUAUUGUUCAUUAUACACUACUUGGAAGAUUUUAGAGCUCAUGAAAGAAAAGUCAGCAGUUAUUGACUGGUUAUCUUCAGUGAGGUCACUGCUGCCUGUUACAACUCAAGUCCCUACCCACAUUUUUCUGCUGCUGGCUUAUCUACUGAUCCAAGAAAAAGGAGACAGUCUUCGUAAUGUACUGCAGACUACUACAGAGGUAGCCAAAACAGAUUGUUCUCAGGUCCCAAGUCUUAUCCCUGUUCUGAUAUUUAUAUUGGGAAGACCUUUGGAGCCUGCACUUUACAGGGAUAUAUUGUAUACUUUGCCUUCACUUGGUGUACACAAGGUCAGAAUGAAAGUUCUUUUAGUAAAAUGAAAACUGUAUCAAUAAGUGGUCAUUUAUUUA